CACAAGUGGAACAUCAUCAUGGUGGAGCAGGGCAAGGAAGAUGCUACCGAAUUUCAUCCGGCGCCAGAGUGGCUAGAUGAGGCCUAUUUGGAGCGCCUGCUCAGGGAUCUGAAGAACGAUCCGGGACUGAAGAUCACCGAUUUGUUGAUUAAACCCGCCACUGCCAAGGGUGACAACUAUGCCAGUGUGAUGACACGCGUGCGGAUUUUGUAUCUGAAAAGUGGCGCCAAAACCCCCGAGACUGAAUACUAUAUUGUGAAGACCACCUAUGAGAACGAUGCCUUUGCCGCGGGAAUAUUCUCGCAGUACCAGGUCACCAACACGGAAAUGCGAAUGUACGAGAAGAUCCUGCCCCAGUUGAGUGGUCUCAUCGAGCAGACACGCCAGCCGGAAAAGAUAUUCGCCAAGACGCUGCAUGUGGACUACGAGCAUGAGGCCAUCAUCUUUGAGGAUCUGGCGGUCACGAAACAUGUCCUGGCCGAUCGUCUCAUCGGUUUCGAUCUGGAGCACACCCACUUGGGACUGCGAAAGCUGGCGAAGAUGCAUGCUGCCGCUGCUGUGCUGAACGAACGUCAGCCGGGAUUGCUGACCAAGUUCGAUCACGGCAUCUUCAAUCGCCACACCCAGGCCUUUGCGCCCUUCUUUGUGAAUACGGUGGGCGUGGCGGCUGACUUUGCCAGGCAGUGCCCCGAAUUGGGUGAGCGCUAUGCCACCAAACUGAAGAAGCUGCAAGAGCGAGUGAUGGAGUACUCCACGCGAGUUUACGAUCCCCAGCCGGGGGAUUUCAACACAUUGGUGCACGGCGACUACUGGGUGAACAAUGUGAUGUUGCGCUACGGCGAGAAUAAGCAGCCUCUGGACAUGGUCCUGAUCGACUUCCAGUUCUGCAGCUGGUCCUCGCCGGCGGUGGAUCUGCACUACUUCAUCAAUACCUCAGUGCAGGCCCACAUUCGUUACGAGCAGCAGGACGCCCUGUUUCAGUAUUAUCACACGGUGCUCGUGGAAACGCUCAAGGAUCUCAACUUUGGUGGCUACAUUCCCACUCUGAGGCAGUUUGUCCUGCAGCUCGAAAGGGGCAGAUUCUUUGCUGUCACAGUCGCUCUGGUCUGCCAGGCCAUAUUGACCAACGACCAAAACGCCGACGCCGACUUCAAUGCUUUGAUGAAGGAUGACGAAAGAGGACGCAACUUCCGGAAGGUAUUAUACACCAAUAAGAGAUUGCAGGACAAUCUCAAACGCGAGCUGCCACGCUUCGAGCGGAGCGGUCUACUAGAUGUACUUGACUGAAUGGAAUCCAUCAUUUACUAUUUGAUAUCAAAUAAAAAUAAAUACUAAUUGAUUUUGAAAACAAAA